CUCGAAGAAAGUCAGUUUGGAGGAGCAGCUUGUAACGUCCAAACAUGAAGACUACCGCCGUGGUUCUCGUUCUCUUGGUUUUAGCCGCCGUUUUAAUCCAGGACAUUGAUGCCUAUAGAAGGUGUCGUUGUAAAAAAUGGUGCAACAAGAAAUACGAGUACACCGUGGGCCGGUGUUGGUGGAAGUACAGGCUGUGCUGUAGGCGUUGGUGGGGUGGAUACGGUGGCGGAUACGGUGGCGGAUAUGGUGGCGGAUUCGGUGGCGGAUAUGGUGGCGGAUUCGGUGGUGGAUACGGUGGUGGAUACGGUGGCGGAUAUGGUGGCGGAUACGGAAUGGGAUAUGGAAUGGGUGGUGGAUACGGUUACUAAAGAUGGGGCAGGAAACAUUGAGCCAUCUCGGCCUAAGCUGGAGCAUCGGACCUUUGACUGGAACGUCUUACCGGACAACGACGCUUUGCUCAAAUUACUUCUUUUGUAAUAUAUUUAAAAAUAAAAUAUCUGAACUCGCA